AUGAAGGCUACUCUCAAAAAGCCUGCGGCUUCUUCACAGAAGGACACCCCCAGGAAGAGGCCAGCUGCAAAUCUCGAUGAAGCUCAACCCAAAGGUCAACCCAAGACCAAGGUCGUAAAGACCAAUGAGUGGGCCAAGGGUUCCAAGCUCAUUCCUCCUGAAGAGGAAGAUGCUGACGAAGAAGAAGCUGAAGAAGAGUGCUUGGAAAGUGAUCCAAUCCAGGACGAAGAGCCCUUCGAGUUUGAUGACAAGCGCAAGGACCGAUCUAAGGACAACAAAUUCAAACUGCUCCUGGCGCAAGGGACGUUACCAGACUGGAUCAAAGAAGCGUGGGAAAAGACCAAGAGUAUGAGAACAGGCAGGUCAGCAGCCCAGAGGAAGAUUGUGAAUGAAGCUCUCACUCGAAGCCCAGAGGGCGCUUUGGAGCUUACCUUGGACAAGCCGAGCCUCCAACAUCUCAAGGAAAGCUUUACUACUCGCACUGCGACGUCGAAGAACAAGAGCUUACCAAAGGUGCUGUUUUGCGGCAAGUUUGGAUUGACAGAAUCUGCAUUCCAAGAAGGCCUUGAACGUGGUGACUUCUUUGAAGUCGAGAGUGCAGACGGUCGUAUGACCUAUGGAUGGCAGCAAGACGAGCAAGCCACCACUCGAGGAACUUCUUCGAAAAUGGAGGUGGCCGCUUCCAAGAAGUUGUCGAAAGAAGAGUUGCAGGUGGAGAACAUUGCCAUGAGCUCCUGGCAGUUUGGCCUUUUCAAGAAAAAGAAUGUCAAGGCCUUGGAGGGUGGCGAGACACCGAUGGCCAUUGAGGACCAGAAGGCUGAGCUCUCUGAGAGGGCCUGGAACGCUGCUCAGAAGCAACUCCUUGACGCACAGAAGGCCAUGGACGAACAGAUCCGGGCCGGUAAGAAGUUGUUGCAGCUUGUCGGUGUCGACAACAAGGCUGACCCCCUGAAAGACAUCAUCCAAAUGCUGACGGAAGAGAAAUCUCGCCUCGAGCAUAUGUACAACUGGAAGGAGACUCCAGAGUCGGAUGUCUUGACCUUGCAGGCCUAUGAUGAGUGCAUGGCGAAGGGUGGCCAGGUUGCUUCCAAGGCCCACGAGCAGUUGGCAGGGAUCAAGGGGCAGCUGAGUGUUCGAGCGAAGAAGGUGACAUAG